AACAGAUUUGGCAUCAUAGCAAUAAGAAGUAAACAAUCAUUAAUCAUCAGCUGAUUGUACUAGAAACAGUAACAAUGGAAAAGCCGCUGGAAAGAGUUAUGGAGGAAAUCCUAAAUACUACAGAUGUAUUUGGCUGUGUUUUUGCUGAUCAUCAAGGUUUAUGCUUAGGAGUAAAAGGUAGAGCUUCGACUGAGAGUGCUGGAGUAAUUGGAGCAAUAGCAGAGGAAGCUUCAAAGCUGGAACCCAACAGCCGUCCACCAGUCAUAGUCCUGGAAAGUGAGAACAAAAUGUGUAUCAUACAAAGGAACGGAACUAUCACCGGCGCUAUCUAUAAGUUAAUUUAAAUGCUUGUUCUUGUGUAAUUAUAUGUCUCUUCUUUUUUUAUACUAUUUUAAAAUAAAUGAAUUACGUAUGC